UCUCCAUUCAUUCAUUCACUGCCGUGACUAAAUUCACCCACUUUUUUCUUAAUCUCCUCGCUCAAUUUUCCCCAUCUUUAAACAGAAAAAACUCUCUCUUGCUUUCCCGGGAAAAAAAAAAUAUGAAGGAAUCCGUGGGAAACCCUUUGCAUCUUAAGUCUUUGAACCAUGUCUCACUCGUUUGUCGAUCGGUUGAAGAGUCCAUUGAUUUCUACCAGAAUGUUCUCGGUUUUGUCCCCAUAAGGCGGCCCGGUUCUUUCGACUUUGAUGGCGCAUGGCUGUUUGGCUACGGAAUUGGGAUUCAUUUGUUGCAAUCAGAGGAUCCUGAGAUUUUGCCGAAGAAAAGCGAGAUUAAUCCCAAGGAUAAUCAUAUCUCUUUCCAGUGUGAGAGCAUGGGAGCGGUGGAGAUGAAACUGAAGGAAAUGGGAAUCAAGUACCUGAGAUCGAUGGUGCAGGAAGGAGGGAUCGAUGUGGAACAGAUGUUUUUCCAUGACCCGGAUGGCUUCAUGAUCGAAAUAUGCGACUGCGAUAAUCUUCCGGUGAUUCCGCUCGUCGGUGAGAUGGCUCGCUCUUGUUCCCGGGUGAACCUCCAAAUAAUGCAGCCACCGCAGCUACGAGUGGUGCAGCAGUGAUAUAUAAUUAUAUAGAACAAUCUGUCUGUUUUCUUUAUUAUUAAUAUUAAUAUUAUUAUUAU